GCUGCAAGUGCUUUGGCGUGUGUGCGUGAGAGUUUAGACCCAGCCUGCCAAAUGCUCCUCUUCGGGUUCCUCUUGCUGACAUUUGCCCUGGUCAGCCAAAGGCAGGGAGCUGAGUGCAAGAACCUCAGCAUGAGAAGAUUAUUACAGUAUCUGCUAAUGGAAGUAUUCACAGUCCUAAGUUUCCAUAUACUUAUCCUCGCAACACAGUACUGGUGUGGCGAUUAGUAGCUAUUGAGGAAAAUGUGUUGAUACAGCUCACUUUUGAUGAGAGGUUUGGGCUUGAGGACCCAGAAGAUGAUAUCUGCAAGUAUGACUUUGUAGAAGUUGAAGAGCCUAGUGAUGGCAGUAUUUUAGGGCGGUGGUGUGGUUCCACUGCUGUUCCUGGCAAACAGAUUUCCAAAGGGAACCAAAUCAGAAUAAGAUUUGUUUCUGAUGAAUACUUUCCUUCUGAGCCUGGAUUCUGUAUUCAUUAUACUCUUCUCACACCGCAUCAGACAGAAUCUGCCAGCCCAACAGUGUUACCACCCUCCGCUUUCUCUUUAGACUUGCUAAACAAUGCUGUGGCUGGAUUUAGUACUGUGGAAGAACUCAUCCGGUACCUUGAACCAGACAGAUGGCAGUUAGAUUUGGAAGACCUGUACAAACCAGCCUGGCAGCUCCUUGGAAAAGCAUACAUUCAUGGGAGAAAAUCUAGAGUGGUUGAUCUGAACCUUCUGAAGGAAGAAGUGCGAAUGUAUAGCUGUACUCCACGCAACUUUUCGGUGUCGCUACGGGAAGAGUUGAAGAGAACAGACACCAUCUUUUGGCCUCUUUGUCUGCUGGUUAAACGUUGUGGUGGAAAUUGUGCCUGCUGUCAGCAUUCUUGUAGUGAGUGCCAGUGUAUCCCCACCAAGGUCACCAAAAAAUACCAUGAGGUUCUACAGCUGAAGCCCAGGAGCGGUGUACGAGGACUGCAUAAAUCUCUGACAGAUGUACCUUUGGAACAUCAUGAGGAAUGUGAAUGUGUUUGUAAAGGAAAUGCAGAAGGAUAAAGGGAACUAGAUGUGCUUGUUUAUUUUACAGAGCAUUCAAACCGUGGCUGAUUCUGUUCUGGGGCUUGUGCAUUAAUUUCCUUCUAUAAUCUCAGUUGUUUUCUUUGAAAAUCGUCACGACUGACAGCUCUGGGAGAGAAAAAAAAGACAAAAUUGAACUGGAGUUACAUAUGUAAUGUAAAAGCUCUGUUGCUUGAAGGCCCCCUAUAAGGAUGAGCAGAAGGCACCAAUGAGGAAGAUUUUUCCUCCAAACAUAUAUGUAUCUCAUCUCUUUCAUUCAUCUUGAAUUUAAAAGGAUUAAAGUUUAAGAGCAUAGGAAAAGACAGACAAAGACUGCACUCUGGCCAUCUUGCUUCUACAGGUCUGUUACUUCUGGCUUACAGUUUGGAACAUCUGGAAUCUCUCAAGUCUACUCAGCAACUCCUGUGUAUUCUAAAUCAAAGUGUUAAUUGUUUUACAGACUGGCUUAUUCUGAAUUAAGCUUAAUUUUUCAUUGAUAUAAGUAGAAAAGACUGGACACUUUGUCAUGGUUUCCAGUAAAAAUACUUAGUGAAGUUGAACAGUCAAGGUAUGUGAGAAAAAAAGGAAAAGAUGGAAACAGGGAGUGGCUUUAUUCCUCUCUCUAUGGCCUGCAAGUAUUUUUGUUUAUAUUUUUAUUGUGUACAUUUUUAUACUCUUUUUGGCAGCAUAAUUAUUUGCUUUUCUAAUCUUGUGAAAUAUCUAUUUUUUACCAAAGGUAUUUAAUAUUCUUUUUUACUACAGCCUAGAUAAAUGACUGCUAGUUUUGUAAGACAUUGGAGUGAGAGAUAUAGAGAGGAGGAAACAAGAUAAAAUCACUGUUUCAGCAAGGAAAGGAGCUAAAUAGUGUACAUGACACAUAGAACAGGUAAAAAAAUAUCAUGCUGAAUUUAAAGUUGUGUGCAAAUUAGCCUCUGUGGUGUUGAUGAUUAAUGUAAACAUAAAUAGCUAUCGGAAGCUUGUUCUUUGUAUAUUAGCAUCCCGAUCCAGAAAAGAAGAUCUGUGGGCAGAAGAAGGCUUCCACAAACGUAUUCAUUGUUGAAUUAGGGACCACAGGCACAAAUCGGAUGUGCGUUGAAGUAUCUUCCUUUCAGUGGGAUGCACAUUGAAUGUGCUUCCUCGUAAACAUUUUGACACAUCUAAUCAUGCAUAAAUACCCUUACAACAUGCAACUAAUGUUGGAUAGGGGUAUGUUUUUAAAAUACAAAAAAGAAGAGGACUGUCUUGUAGUCUGAUCCUAAACAUGUUUAUUCAGAAUUAAGUCCAAUUGGGUACAGUGGGACUUACUUCCUAGCAAAUAUGUUUCAGGUUACAGUCUUAAUUGUUACAUUAACAAGAGACAUCUCUUGAUGAGACUGUCAUCACUGCUGACAUUUCAGUGUCAUCUUGCCUCCAUAAUAUAUAAGGUAUUCAUGAAAAAGACGCACAUAUUUAUUGAUUCAGGUGUAAGGGUUUUUUAUAUCAAUGUUGAUAGUUAUUUUCUCUUAAGAACAAUGGUCUUCCAAUAUUUUAAUGAUGUAUAGUGCAUUUUUAUGAAAUGUGGUUUUGCUUAUGUACAGUCUAUAUGUAAGCCAGUACAUUUAUCCACCCUUUGCCAAGAGGGAAAAAGCAGUAAAAUA